GGGGGAGCGACCAUUUCCGGGUAGUUUUGUUAGCUAGCUCGGUUUGUGUUUGUGUGUAUAUUGUGUGUUUGAUUUGGUUCAAAAUGUCUUAUAAAUUAAAUGCUCUUUUUAGCGACUCGUAUGUUGAUAUAAGUCAGUACAGAGACCAGCAUUUCAAGGGUAAUCGUCAUGACCAAGAAAAGCUGUUGAAACAGAGCAAUACGCUUUAUGUUGGAAACCUUUCUUUCUACACAACAGAGGAGCAGGUAUAUGAACUUUUCUCCAAAAGCGGCGACGUGAAGAAAAUCGUCAUCGGUCUCGACAAGGUCAAGAAGACCGCCUGUGGCUUUUGCUUUGUGGAGUACUACACGCGGGCCGAUGCCGAACACGCGAUGAGAUUCAUCAACGGAACCAGGCUGGAUGACAGAAUCAUCAGAACAGACUGGGACGCUGGUUUUAAAGAGGGUCGGCAGUACGGUCGGGGCAAAUCGGGCGGUCAGGUGCGAGAUGAAUACAGACAGGAUUACGACCCUGCGCGAGGCGGAUACGGCAAAUUGGCUCAGCUACAGAGGGGCCCCGAUGGACAGCAGAAAUUUUAACCAUUCCUAAUUAGCAGUGACAUUUGAAAAUAGCAGUGGGUUUUUUUUUUGUUUUGUUUAAUAUUCAUGUACAUAUGGACAAGAUAUUCAGAGGUUUCACUGAGGAAAUGAGGAUCCUUGCUGUGUGCUGACUGACGUAUGUUCUUUUUUUAAAUAAACAGUAGCGUCUUUACA